AUGUCGAUGGAGAGGAGACAACGCUUUAUGGACCUGAGGUGCCAUCAUCCACUGGCUGUCAUCACCGUCCGCUGCACUGAUGAGUCCAUAGCGCUAGGUUCUACCGCCGCCGCCUCCGCCACCUCCAUAGUGCAAGGUUUGGACCUGCCUCCUGGUAUUUUAAAGCAGCUGGAGAGAAUUCAGAGGCAGUGCCUUUGGAGAAAGUAUGGGCAGGAGUCUGGUCAGUCUUCGGCUGCUUGGAGCUUGCGGGCCCCGCCCCGCACCUAUCUCCUUCCUCCGGUCGGACCGCACGUGCCCCGCACGCCCAGCCGAGGCCGAGCCGGAUCAACCUGGCGUCCUGGUCCACCUCGAGCGCGCCCGAGCUGCCGUGCGCAAGCAGAAGACCCCAGGGAAGCCCUGCAUCCCCUGUCCCGAUCGUCCCCGUUGCCGCACGCCCUGGUUGGGGCGAUUGGAUCUCGCCGAAGAGCUUCGCCGUUCGCCGGGCAGUUGCGCCACCAUCGCCAGAACGCCGCCGCCGCCACCGCCGCCCAACUUCGCCGGAGCACCACCAUGGUUCACCUCGUUGCUGUCGCCUACGGAGGGAGCCCCGUCGCCGUUGAACACCACCGCCGCCUCUGCCGCUCGACACCGCACCCGCCCGUCACUUCACCUUCGCCAGAGACCCACCGGAGGAGCGCCGCCGCCAACGCCCGAGACCGCCGCCGCCGUCCUCUGCUUCUGAUUGUCCGGAGUGCGACGCAAACUAUUGUCAGGAGUGUGACCUUCUGAACCAGAACCAAGGCAAGUUACAUGUUGAUC